GCUGUCUCGGAGCGGAUGGCUGGUUUUUAUUCCUCUCCUCACACUUUGUGGAGAGGAGAGCUCUUCCUCCUCCUCUUCCCCUCGUCCCUUUUUUUAUCCCUCCUUCUCUUUCCCCCCUCUCUUCUCUCCUCUCUCUCUCUCCUCCGCCUCCUCGUCCUCUCCUCUCUUCCUCGCUCUCCCCCUCUGAUCGAGGCCCCGACCGCCCGCCCGGCAUGGGAGAAGCUCCGUCCUUUGCGAUCCGGUGAUGGGGGAGGCCCGCCCAUGGACUACGACGGCGCCGGGAUCCAGAAGCGCGGCGCCAGGGCCGCUGCCGCGGCCGUAACGGAGGCAUCGUCGUCCUCGCGCGCCCCUGCACUUGAUGAAGAGACAAUGUGGCAGAUGAACCAGAGGGGAAGUGAAUCUGUGGAAUCUGGACUGUAUCCUGAGCGUCCAGGAGUGCCAGACUGUGCUUAUUACCUCAGAACUGGCCUCUGUAGAUAUGGGUUGACUUGCAGAUACAAUCAUCCUCCUGAUAGAAAGCUGGCUAUUGCUGCUGCAAGAAUUAGGGGUGGAUAUCCUGAAAGAGUAGGUCAACCUGAAUGUCAGUAUUAUCUUAAGACUGGAACAUGCAAAUUUGGAGCUACAUGCAAGUUUCAUCACCCCAAAGAUAAGGCUGGAAUUUUUGGGCGAGCUCCACUUAAUGUUUUAGGAUAUCCAAUUCGUCCGAAUGAGAAGGAGUGUGCAUAUUAUUUAAGAACUGGACAGUGUAAAUUUGGGAACACUUGUAAAUUUCACCAUCCGCAACCUUCUAAUGCAAUGGUUUCCUUACGUGGUUCUCCUGUUUAUCCUCCUGUAUCGCCUGCCUCUCCUGGUCAACAGUCUUAUCCUGGUGGUUUGACAAGCUGGCCCUUAUCGAGUGCCUCUUUCAUUCCAAGUCCUCGAUGGCAGGGUCCUUCUAGCUAUGCUCAAUUGAUUCUUCCUCAAGGGUUGGUUCAAGUACCUAGCUGGAAUGCAUAUCCUGGACAUUUGGGGUCUGUUUCAUCUUCUGAGAGCCAGCAACAAACACCAGGGACUGUUCAAAUGUAUGGAUCUUCUCGCCCAAGUGAAACAAGUAUGGGAGUUCAAGGGACAAUCUCAUCAUAUCGAUCCAGUUCAACUCCUAUGGGCCAGUAUGCAUUGCAGAGGGAUAGUGUGUUUCCCGAAAGGCCUGAUCAACCUGAAUGUCAAUUUUACAUGAAGACUGGAGACUGCAAGUUUGGUGCAGCCUGCAAGUUCCAUCAUCCUAAGGAGAGAUUGGUUCCUGCUCCUAACUGUGUGUUGAGUCCAUUAGGCCUUCCGCUGCGCCCAGGAGAACCCUUAUGUGUAUUUUAUUCUCGUUAUGGUAUCUGCAAGUUUGGUCCAAAUUGCAAAUUUGACCAUCCCAUGGCAACUCCCAUGGGAAUCUUUGCAUACAGUCUUUCUACAUCUUCGUCAGCUGAUGCCCCGGUAGUUCGCCGUUUAUUGGCAUCCUCAUCAGGACCUUCUGCACUUACAUUGUCAUCGGAACAUCCUGUUGAAGCUAGCACUGGAAAUUCCAGACAACUUUCCAUGUCAGAGUCUCGGCAAAUGGCUUCUGGUGAUGAAAAUGCUGAGGCAGAUGGAUCGCAUGCCACUACAAGCAUUGGGCCAGUUUCUUCCUUUUCCUAACCUUUGAGGUUUUGAUAUUCCAAAAUUCGAAGGUUUGUGGGGAAUCUUCUUUAUUAUUCCCAAUUGGUCUUUUUGAUUGUGCAUAUCGGUGAUACAUAAUGCUCCCUGGUGGCUGCUGACAUUGUGCUCUAGAUGCUGAAGACAUUUGAAGUUUCCAGCUUCAUGUAAAGGAAGCAACCUCAGAAAUUUGUAUUUUCAAACUGCACUUGCAAAGACCAUCUCGCUAUUGUCAUUGCUUAAGCUCAAAUACAUCAUUGUUAGAGCUCUAGAAACCUGCUGUUCUCCAUUGUCCAUAGGAUUGCUUGGUUUCCAUCACAAGCUUUGCAAUAAGCUUCAAGUUUUUCAGCCAGGAUUGUGGCAAUAGACAGAUUUGUCAAUUAAAAUACCCUGCUGCAUCUGAAUCAAUUAUGCAUUAUUGUACUCAUUUUUGAGUACUACGGAAGUCUAUAUCACUUAUAAAUUGCUGUU